CGAAUCGCCUUUCUUCCCACAGCCAGAACCAUGUCUAUCCUCAAGAUCCACGCCAGAGAGAUCUUCGACUCUCGUGGGAACCCCACUGUGGAGGUUGAUCUCAGCACAGCGAAAGGUCUCUUCAGAGCCGCUGUGCCCAGUGGGGCCUCCACUGGCAUCUAUGAGGCCCUGGAGCUCCGUGACAACGAUAAGACGCGCUACCUGGGGAAAGGUGUCUCAAAGGCUGUUGAGCACAUCAAUAAAACAAUUGCACCUGCCCUGAUUAGCCAGAAGCUGAACGUGGUGGAGCAGGAGAAGAUCGACAAGCUGAUGAUCGAGAUGGAUGGGACAGAAAACAAGUCUAAAUUUGGUGCCAACGCCAUUCUGGGAGUGUCCCUGGCAGUCUGCAAGGCCGGUGCCGUGGAGAAGGGGGUGCCCCUGUACCGCCACAUCGCUGACCUGGCUGGUAACUCCGAGGUCAUCCUGCCCGUUCCGGCUUUCAACGUCAUCAACGGCGGCUCCCACGCGGGCAACAAGCUGGCCAUGCAGGAGUUCAUGAUCCUGCCCGUCGGGGCCGCGAACUUCAAGGAAGCCAUGCGCAUCGGAGCGGAGGUUUACCACAACCUGAAGAACGUCAUCAAGGAGAAAUACGGCAAAGACGCCACCAACGUGGGGGACGAAGGCGGCUUCGCCCCCAACAUCCUGGAGAAUAAAGAAGCCCUGGAGCUGCUGAAGAACGCCAUCGGGAAGGCCGGCUACUCCGACAAAGUGGUCAUCGGCAUGGACGUGGCCGCCUCCGAGUUCUUCCGCUCGGGCAAGUACGACCUGGACUUCAAGUCACCUGAUGACCCCAGCAGGUACAUCUCGCCUGACGAGCUGGGCAACCUGUACAAGUCCUUCAUCAAGGACUACCCAGUGGUGUCUAUCGAAGACCCCUUUGACCAGGACGACUGGGAGGCCUGGAAGAAGUUCACCGCCACUUCGGGCAUCCAGGUGGUGGGCGACGACCUCACGGUGACCAACCCAAAGCGCAUCUCCAAGGCUGUGGGCGAGAAGUCCUGCAACUGCCUCCUGCUCAAAGUGAACCAGAUUGGCUCCGUGACUGAGUCCCUGCAGGCGUGCAAGCUGGCCCAGUCCAACGGCUGGGGGGUCAUGGUGUCCCACCGCUCCGGGGAGACUGAGGACACGUUCAUCGCCGACCUGGUGGUGGGGCUCUGCACUGGGCAGAUCAAGACUGGUGCCCCGUGCCGAUCGGAGCGCUUGGCCAAGUACAACCAGAUCCUCAGGAUUGAAGAGGAGCUGGGCAGCAAGGCCAAGUUUGCCGGCAAGAACUUCAGGAACCCCCUGGCCAAGUGAGCUCCAGGCCGCGCGGGGGCCUCCCGGGCACUAGCAGCCGCUCCGACCUCAGCUCCUGCUGCCCACAGGCCUCGUCCUGGCAGGCUUCUGGCUGCUCCCACCUCUCCACCCCAUGACGUUCUCAUCGCUUCUUUAGAGCUGCUGCCCGGGCCCAGCUUGACCGCGGUGACCCUGUUGGCCAGGCUCUUAGUCAUGUGAUUGGCCCACGUCCCUGUUCUCCCACCAAGUGUCUGGUGGAGCCAUGUGCUUCCCCGUUGAAAGCUCUGAGGUGUCCAUGGGCCAGACCCCUGGUGGUUUUGUGCGUAAUAAAAGACCUCAGUGACCUGUGA